CAUUGCGACUCUAUUGUACUCUAUGGUCAAUACGUACGUAUCUCUAUUUUGCUUGUUCAAUCCGGUCCCUUUUGGGUUUUCUUUUAUCUAGUCUCGAAUCGAAUGUUCAGUGUGAUAUGGCAGUUUCUGAAUGGUUUCUGCCCAUGUUUUCCAUGUCUCAUACGUUAUUGAAUCAAAAUACUCUUUUUAAUUGUUCCUUGUUUUGGAGUGUUGAAUGCUCUUGAUGUCAGGUCAUUGUUUAAAAUGGCAAGGCAGGCUUUCGGGUGACUGAUCAUUUAUUUUAAAUUUAACCUUCAAUAAUGAGUGUUUAUCGAAAAAUUGUGUCUGCAAUGCAAUUGUAGUGAUGGACAGCAAGAUGGCUAUCGAAGAGUGCGACCCGGAUGAAGCAAAGUUCUCUGACAGCAUCUCAUACCAGCAGAGUGAUCAGCGAUCAGUUGCUGGGUUUCCAGAUGAAGAUGGAGAAUUAGGAAGUCUCAAGAAUGUACAUUUUAAUUUAGAGUCUAAUGGAUCCAAUCAUAACUGGCUGAGCUAUGAUGAUACCAUGAAUUUUUUCCACCGGGUUGAUUCCAAUCAAAUCAUUUAUCGUGCCAAGAAAAAACGGUGCAAAAUGAUAGGCAAAUAUGUCAUGGGCAAUAUAUUAGGUGAGGGUAGCUAUGGGAAAGUUAAAGAAAUGUUGGACUCAGAACUACUUUUCAGGAGAGCUGUUAAAAUUCUCAAGAGACGCAAACUGCGAAGGAUUCCGAACGGAGAACAAAAUGUUCAAAGAGAAAUUCAAUUGCUAAGAAUGUUGAAGCAUCAUAAUGUGAUAGAAUUAGUUGACGUUAUUGUGAAUGAAGAGAAGCAAAAAAUGUAUUUAAUUAUGGAAUUCUGCAUUGGCGGCCUUCAAGACAUGCUAGAUAACUCACCAGGGAAAAAGUUGCCUGAUUGGCAAGCUCAUGG